CCGCAAAAAAUUGACAAGUGUCAUUCUGACCAGUGGUGUUUAAAAUGUGACAGGAUUUCUUACCGUCUACCGUGACACAAGCUGUGUGCUGCGAUCGAAUUCUAUCCCGUCAAUGUUCAGUGUCACUGUUUUCUCAAUUUCGAGUCGAGUGGUUCAACCGUCGUCACAAAGAGCAAACUGAUCGUUGGUUAAAGAUACCUGAAAAGGGCUGAGGCAGAUUCCAGCUAUUCGGGUACAGUUAUAAUCUCCCGAACGAAGCUUGUUGUCACCAAGAACGCGAGGAAUGGCACUGCGGGUCAGGGGAGAAACGGAUGUCAAAAAAUGCUCCUACUAUGUUUGGUAUCUGGGAGCGAGGGAAGCGAGGGGCGUCGACGCGAUGCCCGGUGCCAUAGCCUACCUUUUGGAGCGAGAACGCCUUCAAGAACCCUUCAAGGUCACGCUACAGGUGAGCAGCAAAGGUUUGAAAAUAAUUCAAACGGUUCACCCUGGGGGAUCGACCAAGUCGGCUGUAAAACACUUGGUGCCUGGCCACGCCGUCCUGGCUGCCGUUCAAAGGGAAGACAUCGUGGCAGCGACUCUUCUCUUACCAAAUCCCGCCACCAACAACCCCGUUCACGUUCACGCAUACAGAUGCGACUCUGUGGAGACAGCUGAGCUGCUCGGUGGACAACUUAAGGCAUUGGCCUCCCACUCGGAGAACUUGACCAGAUUGUCCUCGGUUGAGAACAAGGUCAGAUCGAACUUGGGGAGCGACGGGCGCAGCACCAGGGAGUCGGAGUCCUCCGAGGGUAGCGGAGAACUCAGGCAUCACGGACAUGUGCAGCCGGCCUCGAUUUACGAGUCCUUGGCCGCCGAGCUCAGAGCUAAACUGGGGAGAGGAAAUUCGGCUGAUCGAGACGGUGGCCGUGUUGGUCCGAUCCUGCUGCCUCCGAGAGAUUACGACACGGUGCACAGGCACCGAGGAAACUUGGCCGGAAUCGAAUUCCGGAGGUGUUUGAACCAGAACAUUGUCGGAGCAAACACGACCAUCGACAGAGGCGGAACUCGUAGCGCUGCAAGCAGCGGUAUUGGCUCAGACAGCGCCGCGACGCCACCGCCGUACCAACCCCAUCAUCCCCUUGGUCCACGACCCUCAGGACCAUCGAGGGAUUCCUCUUCCGAGGACGAAUGGGGCGGACCAAUCGAAGAAGUGGACACGCCUCUCUACUUGGGUGAUUCCGGGUCGAAUUUGACGCUGCCAAGAGUCACCAGAAGUCCGGAACACGUUCCGCCGACAGCGAGAACCGUUUCACCGGUUCUUCCCAGAACACGACGAGCACCGGAAAUGAGGCAGCGAUCGCCCAGCCCCCAUUGUCAGGGGCGGUUAAGUUCAGGGGAAGUGGUCAGCCCUCGAGAGAGGUUCCAGGACGCCAAAGAGAUGUUUCGAGCGAUGGAGAGGGAAGUCGUUACCAGGCCGGUAGUCGCCAGGCAGAGAGAACCAGAUCAUCACGCUGUGCACAGACUGGCUUCAUCCCGCAGCCACGUUCACGAGGAGAGAAAAGCGCACCGACAGGCUGCCGCCAUGACAUCCGUUUCCGCUGCGCUGCCUUCGGAACACGCGAGAAGAACUCAUCCUGGGGAGAUUAUGAUGAUGGACCGCGACGCCGACGUCGCUGCUGCCGCUUUCAGGGCUCGGUCUAGACCCAAAGGCCAUCAUUACAUCCCUGAGCAACCACCUGAACCCGAAAUCACCAGGUCUAGGCCCAGGAGCUACUACGAAAGCCCGCCGAUCGUUAAAGAUCACCGGGACCUUCGGGACUUCAGGGAUCUCAGAGAGCCGAGAGAAAUUCGGGACUCGAGGGAAGUUCACGGGAGACCACGACCCAGGGCUUUAGCUUACCAGGAGUUGGCUGACCACGAAAGAUAUCCUGGACUCGAUCGGGACAGCGCGAGGCCUGCUUUGGAAGUUGUGACUCCCAGUCGAUAUCGCCACAGUUACGCCGAGCCCCCACGACUCGGACUUGCUGCCUUGCAUCCUUACUGACGAAAUAUGAUCAGCAGCUGCGAUCGAAGGAUGGACAAAAAAUUUGGCGCUUAUAACUAUUUUGCGGUUACUAUCUAGUUGGCAAUUUUUACUCGACAUCUUUAUAAAGUGUAAAUAUUAUUUUGUAUAUUUAUGUCACGUGAUUAGAAGAGUAAUCAUGAAACAUCAGGUGAUUGAUUAAUCUCUUGAUUGUUAAAGUGCCAAUUAUAUCAGUUCUUAACGGUUUACUAAUCGUAUUGUUUAUCAGUUUUAUCACCAAUUACAAUUUCAUAGUCUUGAGGUUGGAUUCAAUUUUGAGAGAACAAAUCAGAACAGACUUAAUAUUUAUUUCAAGGCAACGAUUGCUGAUUAUCAUUUAUCAAUACCAAUCGAGCUCGUUAUGUCGUAGAAUCUUUUUUUCACUUCGGAGUCUUUUCUUUGACUUCCUUGAAACACACGUCAGAAUUUAAAUUUGCGAAAAUCUAAUUCGCUUUUGGUUCUCGCCAUGAAUGAUGCAUAGAUUAGACAACAACGUUACAUAAAGCAUCGACGAGAUUAGGUCAUGACGAGUAAUUUCACCUGCAAACUGCCGAGUGAUUAAUUUAUCCGGUUACUAUAUUUUUGGGGUGUAGUUGUACUGUCAGAAAAAUUCCGACUAUGCAACAAGAUGUAUUUUAUAAGUAAACUUUUGCGUACGGCAUGCUCCAAAUAUGUUCGAUGAUUUGUAAAUGAUUGACUGAUGCGUAUAAUUAUAUAAGUGAUUAAACCACUGGCUCCAAGACGAACUAAAAUUAUUCAAAUAUAUUAAAAAUAGAAGUCAUGCUAUAAGACGAUAAUCGAAAUAAUCAUACACUUUAAAUUACAAUAUAGAGUGUCUGUUUAUCUUGACUUUCAUUGUUACAUAAUAAAUGUUGAGUUAUGUGUCUUUCUACGCGCGGAAUUUCACGCGAAAUGCUAUCAAUAUUUUUAAUAUACUGAAAACUUUUACGUACUUUAAUAACAAACAUGUACAAUAAUUGCGGGCGCGCCGCUCUAACAACAAUAACAAGCCUUUACACUAAA